UUUGCUGCAACUGUUACGUUAUUCAUACAGGUAGCUUAUACAUUGCAUGAAGUACGACAUAUUAUCCAUUAAACAAUAACGAUAGCAAGAUAAACUUCAAGCAUAUUCCUGCUACUCUUAACGAGCAUGUGUACGUAUUAUAUGAUUUUCGUUCUGGGAAUUGUUUUGGGUUGUAUAACUAUGAUUGAAAGUAAUAAUAAGCAGUCUCAGUUUAGGAAUAAACGCUCGAUGAGUUACGCCACCAAGAAUAAUGAUACAGUGUAUUACACGAUUGAUAGCAAAUUCAGUACUAGUCAGAAAAAUUAUAUUUUGCAACAAAUUGCAAAAUUCAACAAGUACUGUGAGAUAUGGUUCCCAAGCGUGCCUGAUAAAAUGGUAUCAGUUCAUUUUACUCCCAAUGAGACUUCUUGCUUCACCCAUAUGAAGGGUAGGACAGGAACGUCCAUUGUCAACCUUGCUGACCGCUGCUUCGACCAGGGUUGGGUGAUGCACGAGAUGGGACAUGCACUGGGUUUCCAACACGAACAUCAAAGGAGUGAUCGAGAUUGCUAUGUAGAAGUAGAUCCAUCAGUUUCAUCAAAUAGAAACUAUGCUAUAUUAACUAUUGAGACAACAUACCCCUACGACUGGACAAGUUUUAUGCAUUAUCGGAGAGGUACCACUUUGAGACUUCGUCCAGAGUUCUAUCAAUAUCAAUUUGAUCAACUUGGCACCUACGAUGCUCUGAGUCCAAUGGACGUUAACAAACUGAACUUCUACUUCUGCCGUCGUGGAAGACACUAUUGCCUUAUAAAUAUGGAUGUAUGUAAGAAGGCGCAAGAGUUUGUUAAAUCAAAAAAAUGUUCCAAAUGAGUGAAUAAAUUUCAAAAUAAAGGAAACAA